UAUAUCAAUGGCCACUCCUCGUGAUCUCUCUCCUUCACAACACGACCUUCAUGUUCGACCUCAUCCAUCGUCUCCCUUAGCCCAAUUCUUUGUCACGCACGAUCUCUUUGCUGGUUCUUGCUCGUUCCCCUCAACAUGAGCAGCGUUUGCGCGGAGCAGCAUAAGUUCCACGCCUCCCACCAGCUCUUCUCCCCCAAGAAGACCCUCGACAUCCCCCCCAGGAAGCUCUUCGGCCACCGGACCGCCUCCCCCGCGGCGCUGCAGCUGCACCAGUCGGCGCCGCCGGUUCUCGAUGGCCCCGACGCGUUCUCCGACUACUCGCCGAGGGUCCCCGAGACCUCGCUCCGGAGGUUCCUGCCGUCCAACGACAGCGGGGAGGACGAGGAGGAGGACUCCGACCCUUACACGUCGGACCACUUCCGCAUGUUCGAGUUCAAGGUGAGGCGGUGCACCCGCAGCCGCAACCACGACUGGACGGACUGCCCUUUCUCUCAUCCCGGAGAGAAGGCUCACCGUAGGGACCCCCGGAAGUACCACUACUCGGGGACCGUCUGCGCCGAGUACCGACGCGGGUCGUGCAGCCGCGGUGAUAACUGCGAGUUCGCGCACGGCGUCUUCGAGUGCUGGCUGCACCCAUCAAAGUAUAGGACUGAGGCAUGCAAAGAUGGCAAGAACUGCGAGAGGAAGGUCUGCUUCUUCGCUCACAGCGCUCGUCAGCUUCGCCUCUUGCCUGCGCAAUCCGAGCCCAACUCUCCACAAGAGAUCAACCCUGAGAAGUCCAAAUUCCAUAGUCCGGUUUCUUCUUCUUCGCUGACUCACUGCUGCCUGUUCUGCCACUCGGUCACCACCUCCUCCCCGACCUCGACCUUGCUCAGCAUGUCCCACCUGUCGCCGCCGCUGUCGCCAUCCCAGUCCCUGUCACCACCCCUAUCUCCCCUCAAGGGCCGGUCCCUGAGCGGGUUCUCGCCGAUCUCGCGGUACGCCGACCGGCUGGAGCCAAGCUGUCUGAGCCAGGCUGUGAGCUACAAGGAUGUCCUGAACGAGAUCAUGACUUCGGUGGACGUGAUGAAGAUGAGCGAAGUCUCGCCUCCGCACUCAUCGCCGGUGUCAUCGGUCAAGAACCGGACAGCCAUGCCUUGGGUUGAUGUCACUAGCAGUGUGAAUGAGGAGCAGACCCAGUUCAUUCUUUCACCUUCAACCCCAAAUCACCCUCAAGUGCCUAGGAAUUUUUUCGGUGCUGAUCCUUCGAGCAACAAAGGAUUGUUUGGUGACAAGGCUAAUGAAGGCAAUUCUUGCGAUGAUCCGGACAUUGGGUGGGUGAACGAGCUCCUGAUGUAAAGCAGAGAUGAUGAAUUGGAUUCCCGGAUGAUGAUGAUGGCGACUGAGGAUGCGUUUUGGAAGAGGAUAAAGCCAGAGCUGUACAUAUCGGUCUGUUGGCACUAGUAAAAGAGCAGAGAGUAAAUAUGUGCCGAGCUGUUGGUUAAUUUUUUUGGGUGUUGCUUAAUAUUGUUUUGAGGAUUUGAAUUUAGAUUGUUGUCUUUUGAUGUAUUGACGAUUGCUUCAGAUGGGAUUUCUUCAGUCAAAGAUGUAAUUAAGGAGGUCGGAAGAGAGACAGGGAGAGAGAGAGAGAGAGAGGGAGAGAGAUGACAAGCUUUUGUAAAUUUUUGACUGAUGUCCUGAGCCGAUUAUGAUUUGAUUAAUGUUAAUUCGUGUCGAAGUAAAAUAAUAAUUCAGUUUGGAGAA